CGUCCUGGAGACCCGCGAGAGAUGGAAGCGGCGGCGGCGCCGGGGGCGGCCGACGCGGCGGGGCACGAGGAGCUAGAUAUGGAUGUCAUGAGGCCCUUGAUAAAUGAGCAGAACUUCGAUGGGACAUCAGAUGAAGAGCACGAGCAAGAGCUACUGCCGGUUCAGAAGCAUUACCAACUUGAUGAUCAGAAGGGCAUUUCAUUUGUACAGACUCUUAUGCAUCUUCUUAAGGGAAAUAUUGGAACUGGCCUGUUAGGACUUCCACUGGCAAUAAAAAACGCAGGCAUAGUGCUUGGACCCAUCAGCCUUGUGUUUAUAGGAAUUAUUUCUGUUCACUGUAUGCACAUAUUGGUACGUUGCAGUCACUUUCUAUGUCAGAGAUUUAAAAAGCCAACCUUAGGUUAUAGUGACACUGUGAGUUUUGCUAUGGAAAUAAGUCCUUGGAGUUGUCUUCAGAAGCAGGCCGCAUGGGGACGGAGUGUGGUUGACUUUUUUCUGGUGAUCACACAGCUGGGAUUCUGCAGUGUUUACAUUGUCUUCUUAGCUGAAAAUGUGAAACAGGUUCAUGAAGGAUUCCUGGAGAGCAAGGUGUUCAUUUCAAAUAGCACCAAUUCGUCAAAUCCAUGCGAGAGAAGAAGUGUCGACCUCAGGAUAUACAUGCUUUGCUUUCUUCCAUUUAUAAUUCUCUUGGUCUUCAUUCGUGAGCUAAAGAAUCUGUUUGUGCUUUCAUUCCUUGCCAAUGUUUCUAUGGCUGUCAGUCUCGUGAUAAUUUAUCAAUAUGUUGUCAGGAACAUGCCAGAUCCCCAUAACCUUCCAAUAGUGGCUGGAUGGAAGAAAUACCCCCUCUUUUUUGGUACUGCUGUGUUUGCUUUUGAAGGCAUAGGAGUGGUCCUUCCACUGGAAAACCAAAUGAAAGAGUCAAAACGCUUCCCCCAGGCGUUGAACAUCGGCAUGGGAAUUGUUACAGCUUUGUAUGUAACAUUAGCCACUUUGGGAUACAUGUGCUUCCGGGACGAAAUCAAAGGCAGCAUAACUUUAAACCUUCCCCAGGAUGUGUGGUUAUAUCAGUCAGUGAAAAUCCUGUAUUCCUUUGGCAUUUUUGUGACCUAUUCAAUUCAGUUCUAUGUUCCAGCAGAAAUCAUUAUCCCUGGGAUCACGUCUAAAUUUCAUGGUAAAUGGAAGCAAAUCUGUGAAUUUGGAAUACGGUCCUUUUUGGUUAGUAUUACUUGUGCGGGAGCUGUUCUCAUCCCUCGGUUAGACAUUGUCAUUUCCUUUGUUGGAGCCGUGAGCAGCAGCACGUUGGCCCUGAUCCUACCACCUUUGGUUGAAAUUCUUACCUUUUCUAAGGAACAGUACAAUAUAUGGAUGAUCCUGAAAAAUAUUUCUAUAGCGUUUACUGGCGUUGUUGGUUUCUUAUUAGGUACCUAUGUAACUGUUGAAGAAAUUAUUUAUCCUACUCCCAGAAUUACAGCUGGCGUUCCACAAAACCCUUCUCUAGAUUUGAAUUCAACAUGCUUACCCUCUGGUUUGGAAUAGUGGAAGCAAAAUGAUGAAUCUUCUACUGUUGUCUCCAGCCUGAAAAUAACUAAACAUAAGAACUUGCGAAACGUAUAGCCAUAAUACGUUAGUACCAAACUCUGUUGUCCAUUGGCACGAUGUUCAUGUUUUGGCAGUCAUGCAUUGUUCUUUAUUUGUAGCAGUAAGCUACAACAGAUCCUUGGUUUUAAGUAUUAGCAAUAAUUUUCCAGAAAGUUAGUUUUGAAAGUCAAAAAAAAAUUGUAAAAAACAUCAAAGAAUAAAACUACUUCUAUCAUUCUUUACUUAAAUAAGAAAUAAAUACCUUAUCCAAAAAUCUCUCUUUUUUACCCCCAUUAUCCUUUUGCCACACAGGUGAGCAGAGAACAAGAUUUCAACAAUAAGAUAGUAAGGACAUAGGCAACAGGAUUUUCCUCCAGACCAUCCCAGUGAAUGUCAAAGUAAAUUUUAUGGAUAACGUAAGAAAUAUCUCAGUUAUUUUUUUAUUGGAGAGCCAGAUACUUAUGAUUAUCUGCUGGAAGUAUAGAAAACUCCCACUAGCCAUGAUAUAAGCAUCAAAAAAGCCCCAAAUCAGAAUCAUUUCAUAGUACACUGAGUGCUAGUUGACCUUUAUAAUAAUAAACCAGAGGCAUCAUGUGAGAUUCCGACUCAGUGUUUCAACCAGAUUUGAAAGGGACUUUCCAAAAGGGUGUUGUCCAGGACAGUUCCCUUACUUUUUACUGGAGGAGAUGGAGGUCCCAGAACAGUUAAAUAACUUGGUUGUCUAACUCAGCCUUGAGAUCAAGAGAACCUGAUCUUCUGACUCCCAAGGCAGGAUUUUUUUUUCUCACAUCACAUUCAAGGAAAAGAGCAAAUUAUGUUCAGUUUAAUUUUAGUCGAGUCUGUUUAAUUACAUUUUAACCCACUUUGAAAGUGGGUAUGUGAUCUUAGAAUAGUAUGUGUGACCUUAGCAGAAUAUCAGAGAACUCUAAAGAAGCCUACACCAUGGCCAGCCAGAUAAACUGCAACAAGGGAAAGAAGUAAUGGUUUUUGUUGUUGUUUUUUCCAAACAAAACAGAGACUGCUUGCUGGGAACAGUGCUGGCUGGUAGAAUGGGCCCCCACUCUACUGUUUGUGUCUUGAGCUCUCCCUGUUAUUUCUGAGUUUUGUAGGCACUUCCUCCUUCAGGACAGAAAGUAAAUAUCUGACAAAAUACAGGAUUUAUGGACUCUUUCUAUAAAUGUCGCUUUCCUUACAACAGCCUUUUAUUGAUCUGAAUGGGCAGACUAAAAAAGCCAUAAAGGGAUUCAUGCCUAAGAAAAAAUCCAGAUAAUGAUAAACUACAAAAUACUGAGACAUUCCAGGCUUCUUCCAGAGCAGUACCUUCAGUUAUUCCAUAUUCUUCAAGCCCAUUUGCUAACAUAAACAAGGAAUCUUAGCUGAUGAGGAAGAUGUAAAAUGUUAAGUUAAAAAAUAAUAUAAUUGUUUUCUGAGUUUUUUUUAAUGCAUAAUUUAAAACAUGAACUUUUUCAUCAGACUGGUAGUACUUCGAUUUGUAAUACUGUAUUCAAGAUACUAUCAAGAUCACUGUAGUGUAUAUAUUAUAUAUUUUUAUAUGUAAAUGUUAACUUAGUUCAAGUAUUUUUGCUUACAUCAUUAGUCAUCAAGGAUGAUUUUUAAAAUAUAUCAGAAGCUUUAUUUUGGUACAGAUUCAUGAUCAAAACUUUUUUAAACAUUUCCAUCAGAUAUCACCCAUAAUUGUAAUACUUUUAUAUCAAAUCUGUUGCAUUGAGCCUCUAGCUAUAUGAAGAAAAUGCAGAAGAAGUUAUAGGAAUAGUAAUCUUCAUUAAGACUAAUGUUAUAUCAUCUUGAAUCUAAGAGUAAAUUGGAAUAAAAAAUUUAGAAUUUGGUAUAAAAUGAAGUAAAGCCAUUAUUUGAUAGAAAAUAGUAUUGGGUUUUCAUCAGCUGCCUUCAGAUAAUAAUUAUAUUCUAUGUGCAAAAUUUUGUUUUUGAACUUUCAUCUAUUUAUUUUCCUUAUGAAAUUCAUCAAAUUCAGUAAAAUUUUUAAUACUUACAGCAAUAAUUUUUAAAUUUAGCACAAACUCAUCUUGAGCAUAUCAGCAAAGAGGCCUCCUUAUUUAAUAAGAAUGGUAUAUCAACAUCCAUUAGUAAAUUCACUAAAUUAUCAAUACUUCAAAUAUAAAAAAAAGUUAAAAUGCAGAAAGGAAGAGGUAGUGAAAAAGGAGAGUGGUGGUAAUUCUUAACAAGAAACUAUUUAGGUGCAAAGUGUAAAAUACACUUUUAUUUAAAGAUACUUGAUGUAUUUUAUUUGCAAAAUAAUCAGUGAUGUUUUUCUUCUCUGAUGAACCUAGUUUAAAUAACUCAUAAACAUUCCUAAAGAUUUUUUGGAGAUUACCUUGAUUACAGAGCUAUCAUUUAUAUUUUGGGGGCCUGGAGAAAUCAAGGUGAUUUCACUUGUCAAAUUUUUACCUGCUCGCUCCUGGUCCACUGCAUUAUAUUAUAGCUAACAUGAUUUCUGCAUUUUUCUGCCACCAGAGUGAACUUUUCUCUGAAAGUUGAUCAGUUCCCUGAGAGCUAUGGGGGUGGUGGAGUGAGAGGGGAGAAAGGGAAGCUUUCUUGACCUGUGAUGAGCUCUCUUCUAAAUCAGUUAUCAUUGUCCCGUACACCCAAAACAAUUUCAUCUGUAUCACCUUGUUUAACACUGAUUCUUAGAUCUUUUCCCCAAAUCGCCAGAUUUUUUCACAGUUAAACAAGAACUAAGACUUUUUUUUUUUCUUUUUCAGUUAAAGACCAGUUUAGAUGGUGUUACCAAAUGGAAACAAAUACUGUAUUAGUGAAAGGACACAUUAUGUUUUAAUUCAUCCUCACAGCAUGCUCUUUUAUUAAAACCAUUUCUGGGGCCCAGCAGAUGGUGUAGUGGUUAUGUCACUGGACUGCCACGUGACCAACCACAGUUCAAGUCCCAGACCCAGUGACUUGAAAAUCCCGCCAGGCAGGUGUGUG